CGGGUUUUAGCGUAGUUAGCGCCUCGCCAACGGGUUGAUGGGUCCACAACACCGACCCAAGCUCCCACCAGCUCCACGGCCACCGAGCAACCAUAAAAGCAACGAUGACAACCCCGCGCAUCACCUGCAUCGCCAUAAUCGGCAAGAAAAACUCGCCGCUCCACCUCUCGACCUACCCCACGUCCUCCAGCAGACGCGACACGCUCUCGUACCACUUCCUCGUGAACACAACGCUCGAUGUGUUCCAAGCGCGGCAGCCAUCGAAGGCAGGCGGUGACAGUGAUUUCGGUCUUCUCUAUGCCGUCGACGAUACUUGCGCGCUGUAUGGAUGGAUUACGAAUACCGGCGUGAAGUUUGUGGUUGCCGUUGAGACGCCGGUUUCGGAGGGGGUGGAUGCGGAGGGCAUUGGCGUUCGGGAGGGAGAGAUGAAGGGGGUGUUCCGUGCCAUCCAGACGGCGUAUAUCUCACUCGUUUGCAAUCCGUUCUUUGAUAACGACGAGACGCGUCCGAUUGAAAGCCGGAAGUUUCUGGCAGAGGUUAAAAAGAUUGCAGAUGGGUGGAGGCCAGGGGUGCAGGUGCAGGCGUGAGUGCGGGGGCUACGGUGAGCUUGAGGUAUCAAUUGCUUCUUCAUCUUCAGGCCUGUAUAUUGGUAACGGCGU